GUUACCAACAUCCACUUCCGGAAUGUAGAGAAACAAAAUAAUAAAGAUGGUUAGAAGAUUCCCUUCCUAGCCCUACGAAAAAGCGUCACGUCUCUGUAUCUUCGAACGAAGCAUGCUGAUGUUGUGAUUGUCAUGGUGGAAAAUUCUCCCUCCCCCCUGCCAGAAAGAGCCAUCUACGGCUUUGUUCUGUUCCUUGGCUCACAAUUUGGCUUCUGUUUGUAUUUGGUGUGGGCCUAUGUACCAGAUGAAUGGCUUCAUUCAAUAGGGCUUACUUACUGGCCUCAAAAGUAUUGGGCUGUUGCUGUGCCAAUCUAUCUGCUAGCUGCAGUAGUAGUCUGUAUAGUCAUGUUGUUUGGGGUGAACAUGAUUAACACUGCUCCACUCAGCUCAGUGGACAACAUAACAGUGAGCGACGGCAGCUGCGUAUCCAGACCAAGAGGGAGCAUCUUCUGUCCUCGACUGACCCACUACCUGAAAACUCCGAGACUGAGAGGCAUAUGGUCAGGGCCCCAGGACCAGCUUUCUUAGAGGACUCUUCUCCAGGCUCAUCAGGUUAGUUUGAGAAACAGACGCCUCACAAGUCUUCAACUGGCAGCUUCAUUAAAUAGUACCUGCAAAACACCAGUCUCAACGUCAACAGUGAAGAGGCGACUCUGGGAUGCUAACCUUCUUUUGUGACACAUUCAGAGCUCUGUUUUUCCCAUGAUUUAAUCCUCUCGUGUAUGAUAGGUUUGGCCUGCCUCACUAACUACGCCUUUUGCCUAUUCACCGCCUGUACUUUAGCCUAUCAAAUUUCCUGUUAUCAACCUAUUGCCUGAUCUCCCAGAUGACGUUACUAGCCUUUUCCCUGCCUGUACUGUUGCCUUUUUGGACCUUCUGCCUGACCUGGACCCAGCUACCUGCCUCCUCCUGUGGUUUGUAAAUAAACACCUGCUGCACCCUGUGCUUGAAACCAGCCCUCUGUCUCCCAUCGUGUUCAUUACAGGUCUUUGUUUCUGGCCAUUUUGAGCCUGUAAUCAAACCCACAAAUGCUGAUGCUCCAGAUACUCAA